GCAACUAUUUUCUAGAUUCUAUCAUUUAAACUUGAUGCAAUGAUCAGGAUCAAUUGUUUUUUAUGUUUUUUUAUUUUAAUACAAGACUUUUCUAUUUAUUAUUGAUUCUUAAAUUAUUUGAUAUUCAGUAGAAAUGGCUUCAUUUUUUCACCAGCUCCGGGUCCUACUAUGGAAAAAUUGGUUAAGUGUCAAGAGACAGCCGGUUUGGACUUUGGUGCUCAUUUUAUGGCCUGUGGUCAUUUUCCUUAUUAUGGCAGUUGUCCGCACAAAAUUUCUUCCAACCCAGCGGUCAAAUUGUUACCUGGCCCCUCGCAAUCUGCAGAGCACCGGCUUUUUUCCAUUCCUCCAGAAUUACCUCUGUGAUACAGACACAAAGUGCAUUAACCAGUCCUAUGUCACAUUAAUUGAGGCAAACAGGAUACAAAAGCGUUCUGUUGAUGAUGGAGGCGGCGGGGGGAGUACCACCAAACAGACCACCUAUAUCAACAAAGCAUUGAAUAGUUCAACAAACACCUCAGCUGCAAUCAGUGAAACAUCCAUUUUUCAAGAGAUCAAUUACAGUCUCAACUUAACAAAGACAGUGCCAGAGGAUUUGAACUCAGGAGAUGUGAAAGGCGCACUUUGUGGCAUCAUCACUCCAUUUAUCUCAACUGAACAAGAAACUCAAACUCUCCAGCAUCUAGCAAACAAUUCCUUAACCUACUGUAGAAGCAAUCAGACAUUUUCUCAGUUUGUGGUAACGACUCUACUGUCACAGAUGCAAAUUUUUUCCUGGACUGACAUCAGUGCCACAGUAAUUAAUGUGUCAAAUAUCAUACAAGAGGUACAGGACAACACUGGCCUUUGGGAGAUGCUGCUGAAGCUGCCAAGGUGGAUUCAUGAUGUAAAGAGUUUUAUUUCGGAGUGGGAGACUAUUCUAAACAUUACCACAAGAUGGCCAGUAAUAUCGGAAUUGCAAUCCUGCAUAAAAUACAUCUUAGUCGUUAAAAGACAAGUUGAAAUUCAGAACAUUUCUUUUAGUAACAAUGAGUCAGACCUGAUGGGGACUUUGGAAGAUCCUUCCCUGAUCAGCAAGAAGAACGCCUGUGUUGCUUUAUACCAGAGACUUCCUUGUGCAGUUGGGACUGGACAGUGCUGGGCAGGAGAGAAGUUUGCCACAGAUAUUUUGCUUUGGCUAGUGACCUCCUUGAGUGAUGGGACAGCUAACAACAAGUGUAUUUUCAGUGGCACAAGUCUGAUCUGCAAUACUUCAGUCAGCUGGGAAUAUCUGGUCCAAAGUAUAUUCAGAAUACAGAAAGAAGCUACCUCGGAUCCAACGGCUCCACUAAGAAUGUUGCACAGAGUCUGGGUGUCUUUUAAACAGAGCACACUUGAUGAAUUAGUGCUUAAGAGUUUUCAACAGGAAAUCAUCAGUCAGUUUACUGAGGAUCCCCAACUGCAAAGUGUCCUCACAAAACUCGUAUUUCAGAUCCUCAACACAACAGACUUUCUGGUUACUGAGUCAUUAAUGAGCCCCCAAUCUCUGAAUGUCAGUACAUUGUUGGAAAUUCUGCAAACAUUAUUGGGGCAACUUGAUUCAUAUGUGUCUGUAGAACUUCAGAUGAUUGAUCUGACCAACACCACCACUGUUGUAAAUACCUUUCUGCAAACUCUGAUACACAAUGCUGAACAAUGGAAUAGCUUUGGUAGCUUUCUUUCUUCUAACAAUUUAUCCAGUGAAGCCUUGAAAGAACUCCAAUCACUUACAAACCAUUGGUUAAACAUGAAUUCAGAAGUUGGCACCAUAAAUGACACUGCAACAAUAAUAAAGUUGCUAGCUGCCCUUAAUCAAGCAGAAUAUAUCCACCUAAAACAAGCAUUUCAAAAUAUUUUGAGUUUACAUCCUAGCACAUUGACAGCAAGCAAUUUUGUGUUUGAUGCAUUUAAUGUCUUCAAUCAAAUAUACAUAUCUAAUACAUCUGACAGCUUUCUUCUUUUUGAAGCCUACUUGAAACAGAUAUCAAACUUUCUGAACAGUGAUACGUCCAUGCAAUCUGUUCUUUUGCUACUAAAUAAUAAUUUUAACAUCAGUAAUCAGCUCUCUUUCCUCCAGUCUGAUGUUCUAAUAAAUGUACUUUCCCUCUUCACUCAGUCCAGUCUACAGAAUGUAAGCUCGCUUGUUAGCAAUACAGAUUUUUUCAAGAUGUUCACUAAUUUUAUUCCUGUCCAAGAACAAGAUACAUUCAACAAAGUUGCAAAUAUUACACUGACUCUUGUUCAAUCAGUUAUCAAAUGUCAGAAUGAGGUGCCUAAUUGCAUGGACAACAUAAUUCAUUUUCAGCAAACAUUUUUUGGCCUCAUGCAAAAUCUAUCCUAUGUAAACAAUAGUUUGUUUCAACUACCUGGUAUUCAGUCUUCUCUUCUGUCUGCAAUUCCAACCAAUGCUGAAAUAUCAGUGAUCAGUAAUAUGAUUUUGGCAUUUUUCUGUUCUCAACCAAGUUCUACCAACUUGUGCCACACACCUUUAGAUGUUUAUCAUGAAAUCCUUGGGGUAUUGAGCGUGAUAGGAAAUAUCACACUGAAGAAUGAACUGUUGCAGAAUACAACUCUUUUAGAAGAGCUAAACUUGCAGUCAAACAGUAUCCUACAAGUCCUUGGAUCUAAAGAUGCUACCAAAUUGCUUCUUGAGCUGCAAAAUAUCAGGGGAAAUGAAUGCUAUUAUCACAUUGGGGCUCCCUCACUGCAGUGUACAUUGGAACUGUCAAUUAAUUUCAUUAACCUCAUCCAGAAGUUACCUCUAGCUCAGUCUGUGAAUAACUCUCUCUUUGCUGCCUCAUCUAUUCUUACAUCAUGGCUAGAAAACAACAAUGGAACAACCAACCUUCAACAGGAAUUAAUGUAUCUAUACAAUAUAACAACAUUGAUGCUUCAGAAUGGUUCAACAAUCCAGGACAUACAGGCAACUCUUAUAAAUAUUGUACAGACUCUAGAAGAGAUUAGAUUAAAAACAAAUGCAUCACAGGAGACAGAAAUUCUAAUUGGGAAUAUAAUAGAUUUGCUGCAGUCCACAAAAAGGAAUGACACUAUCCCUAUUAUUUCACUAUCUGAAAUGAAUCAACAACUGGACAGUAUAAAAAGCCAAUUGGACAUUAUCCAGUGGUAUGUUAUCUUUGUGAAAAAUAAAACAGAAUCCUUCCAGAAAACUUUGGAAAUUCAACCGCUAGCAACAAUGACAGAACUCAUUUUAAAAAAUAUUCUUUUCAGCUUCAAAGACAACCUCUUCUUCAUAAAUGAAACAGAAAAUAUAUUUAAUAUGUUAGACAAAUCCAACAUGAUACCAGUUCUCCAAAGCAUAUUAAAUGUUGCAUUGCAAAGUGGUGUUCAAAAUAUUGAGCAAUUUAUCAAUCACACUGUGUAUGCUGCUCAAAUAAUAAUUAAAGAACUUGUCAAUGAAACCCUUUGGAAUUCUCCUUUUAAUGGGAUUGUGCAAAAUGAUAUUGACUUUGUCUUGCAGCUUUUACAGGAGUUUGAUAAAGGAACACUGUCCAAUUUGAAAUCUGUUUUAAAUUCAAUGGAGAAGAUGGUUCCAGUGCUACAAAAUAUUAGAAAUGAAACAUGGCAGCUUUUAGCCAAUGACAACAUUUCCCAUGUUAUCUACAACAUGUUCAAAGAGGUUAUAGGUAUUAUUGUCAAUUCUAAGCAAACAGGAAAUAUAAAUAGUGAUGGACUUUAUAAUAUAUAUAAGCUGUGGGUCCAAGGCAUGAAUGAAAUAAGCUUAGAGAGUUUCCCAUCUGUGGAGGAAAAAUUGAUGAAUCUUCUAUAUUUCAGCGUAAUGCCUCCAUUAGAAAAUGAUGCAAGUUCAGCUACAAAUCAGAACAUCACUGCCUUGAACAUUUUAAAUAUAAUAAAUGUCAUAUUUAAUGAUUCUUAUUGCCAAUCCUCCCUGGCCAUUUCUUCUGGCAACAAUGAUGAGGUAUGGAAUUCCAUCCUGGAAAGUGCCCUAAAUUCCACAAUGAAGGGAAAUUUUACAUCAUGCAUCACAGGAAGUCCCAUUGUAAAAGAAGUGCUGGGGUGCCUUAUGGAAUCUCUAGAAAUAUUCAUCCAGUUUGUGGACAAAGCAAAUUAUAUAUUUAAUCUAGACAUCCAUUGGAUUCAACAACUGAAUGAAACAAUAACUCUCACUUCUCAUAAGCUCUCAGAAUACAAUGCAACCUGCAUGGCAAUGGACAGACAUAUUGUAGAAAUUAUGCAUCAAGUAUUUGAUAAUCAGUUAUCCUCUUUGCAAAAACUGCUUUUUCUCACUGUUAACCAAACAGUAUCGCAAGGGCCUUAUUCAAUGACACAUUUUGACUACUGGAUUCAAGCAUUAGAGACUGUGAAACUAUACAUCAUAUCUCAUGAACAGAAUGUUUCAAAUGACUUAGUGGUUAACACAAUGAAUAACAUAAUCUCUGCACUGGUAGAUGCCAGUCCAAAUGGCACAAGCAAUGACGCAUGGUUUACCAUUUCAGCACUGUGGAAAGUGGUUGACAGUUUGUCCACUAAACUUGGGACUAGUAAUCUAGAUUUCCUUUAUACAAUAGAAAAUCUAAACUCUCUUUUAAAUCUUACUAGAGAUGAACAGGUUCUAGAAAUGAUGCUGUCAAACCAGUUCAGUAGAAACAUUUAUGUAGAAUCAUUGAACCUUAUAAAGCUGUGGAUCCCAGAAUUAAAUUUAAGUUCUGCUGAGAGUUGUAAAAAUUCACUGAAAAGUUAUUAUUCCCCUUACCAGAUGAUGUUUAGCGAGACAAAUCUUAUGCUACUUAUAAGAGUCGAUGAACUUCUGUCUAACGUCAGUGCAUGGGCAUGCAAUUUGAUCUAUGGCAAUGAUUCCACAAUCAGUUGGAUGGAAGAGAUGAAGAUCGUUACAGCUCUGAUACAGAAUGUGCAGUCAGCAGAGCAGCUAAACUUCUCAAAUUAUUCAGAGGUGACAUUACAGAUUUUAUCAUCUUUUAAAGAUAUUAUAGAUCUUCCUACCAUAGAGAGUUUUAUCAAAUAUUUAUCUGAGAGUUUUAAGGAACAAAAUACCAUGAGUAGUUCAAUAAUAUAUCAAGCUUUGCAUGACUUACUGAACUCUCUAAAGAAUUUGGUCAGCGAGGCACUAUCUACUGGAAUUGAUAAUCCAUUCUCAAUUGAGAAGAUCACAAGUGAGGCAGUACAAGCAGCUGAUGACUUUUUAAGAAGCCUUAAUGUCACAGGCUAUGAAGAUGUUUUUUCGUCUGCUUCUGAAGUGCUACAACUUUUCUACAAUAGUAGAAAUGCCUCUCUGCCAGUGAACAACUUUAUUCAGAAAAUGUUGCACAGAGUCUGGGUGUCUUUUAAACAGAGCACACUUGAUGAAUUAGUGCUUAAGAGUUUUCAACAGGAAAUCAUCAGUCAGUUUACUGAGGAUCCCCAACUGCAAAGUGUCCUCACAAAACUCGUAUUUCAGAUCCUCAACACAACAGACUUUCUGGUUACUGAGUCAUUAAUGAACCCCCAAUCUCUGAAUGUCAGUACAUUGUUGGAAAUUCUGCAAACAUUAUUGGGGCAACUUGAUUCAUAUGUGUCUGUAGAACUUCAGAUGAUUGAUCUGACCAACACCACCACUGUUGUAAAUACCUUUCUGCAAACUCUGAUACACAAUGCUGAACAAUGGAAUAGCUUUGGUAGCUUUCUUUCUUCUAACAAUUUAUCCAGUGAAGCCUUGAAAGAACUCCAAUCACUUACAAACCAUUGGUUAAACAUGAAUUCAGAAGUUGGCACCAUAAAUGACACUGCAACAAUAAUAAAGUUGCUAGCUGCCCUUAAUCAAGCAGAAUAUAUCCACCUAAAACAAGCAUUUCAAAAUAUUUUGAGUUUACAUCCUAGCACAUUGACAGCAAGCAAUUUUGUGUUUGAUGCAUUUAAUGUCUUCAAUCAAAUAUACAUAUCUAAUACAUCUGACAGCUUUCUUCUUUUUGAAGCCUACUUGAAACAGAUAUCAAACUUUCUGAACAGUGAUACGUCCAUGCAAUCUGUUCUUUUGCUACUAAAUAAUAAUUUUAACAUCAGUAAUCAGCUCUCUUUCCUCCAGUCUGAUGUUCUAAUAAAUGUACUUUCCCUCUUCACUCAGUCCAGUCUACAGAAUGUAAGCUCGCUUGUUAGCAAUACAGAUUUUUUCAAGAUGUUCACUAAUUUUAUUCCUGUCCAAGAACAAGAUACAUUCAACAAAGUUGCAAAUAUUACACUGACUCUUGUUCAAUCAGUUAUCAAAUGUCAGAAUGAGGUGCCUAAUUGCAUGGACAACAUAAUUCAUUUUCAGCAAACAUUUUUUGGCCUCAUGCAAAAUCUAUCCUAUGUAAACAAUAGUUUGUUUCAACUACCUGGUAUUCAGUCUUCUCUUCUGUCUGCAAUUCCAACCAAUGCUGAAAUAUCAGUGAUCAGUAAUAUGAUUUUGGCAUUUUUCUGUUCUCAACCAAGUUCUACCAACUUGUGCCACACACCUUUAGAUGUUUAUCAUGAAAUCCUUGUGGUAUUGAGCGUGAUAGGAAAUAUCACACUGAAGAAUGAACUGUUGCAGAAUACAACUCUUUUAGAAGAGCUAAACUUGCAGUCAAACAGUAUCCUACAAGUCCUUGGAUCUAAAGAUGCUACCAAAUUGCUUCUUGAGCUGCAAAAUAUCAGGGGAAAUGAAUGCUAUUAUCACAUUGGGGCUCCCUCACUGCAGUGUACAUUGGAACUGUCAAUUAAUUUCAUUAACCUCAUCCAGAAGUUACCUCUAGCUCAGUCUGUGAACGACUCUCUCUUUGCUGCCUCAUCUAUUCUUACAUCAUGGCUAGAAAACAACAAUGGAACAACCGACCUUCAACAGGAAUUAAUGUAUCUAUACAAUAUAACAACAUUGAUGCUUCAGAAUGUUUUAACAAUCCAGGACAUGCAUUCAACUCUUAUAAAUAUUGUACAGAUUCUAGAAGAGAUUAGAUCAAAAAUAAAUGCAACACAGGAGACAGAAAAUUUAAUUGGGAAUAUAAUAGAUUUGCUGCAGUCCACAAAAAGGAAUGACACUAUCCCUAUUAUUUCACUAUCUGAAAUGAAUCAACAACUGGACAGUAUAAAAAGCCAAUUGGACAUUAUCCAGUGGUAUGUUAUCUUUGUGAAAAAUAAAACAGAAUCUGUCCAGACAACUAUGGAAAUUCAGCCGCUAUUAACUAUGACAGAACUCAUUUUAAAAAAUAUUCUUUUCAGCUUCAAAGACAACCUCUUCCUCAUAAAUGAAACAGAAAAGAUAUUUAAUAUGAUAGACAAAUCCAACAUGAUACCAGUUCUCCAAAGCAUAUUAAAUGUUACAUUGCAAAGUGGUGUUCAAAAUAUUGACCAAUUUAUCAAUCACACUGUGUAUGCAGCUCAAAUAAUAUUUAAAGAACUUAUCAAUGAAAACCAUUGGAAUUCUCCUUUAAAUGGGAUUGUGCAAAUUGAUAUUGACUUUGUCUUGCAGCUUUUACAGGAGUUUGAUAAAGGAACACUGUCCAAUUUGAAUUCUGCUUUAAUUUUCAUGGAGACGAUGGUUCCAGUGCUACAAAAUAUUAGAAAUGAAACAUGGCAGCUUGUUGCCAAUGACAACAUUUCCCAUAUUAUCUACAACAUGUUUAAAGAGGUUAUAGGUAUUAUUGUCAAUUCUAAGCAAACAGGAAAUAUAAAUAGCGAUGGACUUUAUAAUAUAUAUAAGCUGUGGGUCCAAGGCAUGAAUGAAAUAAGCUUACAGAGUUUCCCAUCUGUGGAGGAAAAAUUGAUGAAUCUUCUAUAUUUCAGCGUAAUGCCUCCUUUAGAAAAUGAUGCAAGUUCAGCUACAAAUCAGAACAUCACUGCCUUGAACAUUUUAAAUAUAAUAGAUGUCAUAUUUAAUGAUUCUUAUUGCCAAUCCUCCCUGGCCAUUUCUUCUGGCAACAAUGAUGAGGUAUGGAAUUCCAUCCUGGAAAGUGCCCUAAAUUCCACAAUGAAGGGAAAUUUUACAUCAUGCAUCACAGGAAGUCCCAUUGUAAAGGAAGUGCUGGGGUGCCUUAUGGAAUCUCUAGAAAUAUUCAUCCAAUUUGUGGACAAAGCAAAUAAUAUAUUUAAUCUAGACAUCCAUUUGAUUCAACAACUAAAUGAAACAAUAACUCUCACUUCUCAUAAGCUCUCAGAAUACAAUGUAACCUGCAUGGCAAUUGACAGACAUAUUGUAGAAAUUAUGCAUCAAGUAUUUGAUAAUCAGUUAACCUCUUUGAAGAAACUGCUUUUUCUCACUGUUAACCAAACAGUAUCGCAAGGGCCUUAUUCAAUGAAACAUUUUGACUACUGGAUUCAAGCAUUAGAGACUGUGAAACUAUACAUCAUAUCUCAUGAACAGAAUGUUUCAAAUGACUUAGUGGUUAACACAAUGAAUGACAUAAUCUCUGCACUGGUAGAUGCCAGUCAAAAUGGUACAAGCAAUGACGCAUGGUUUGCCAUUUCAGCACUGUGGAAAGUGGUUGACAGUUUGUCCACUAAACUUGGGACUAGUAAUCUAGAUUUCCUUUAUACAAUAGAAAAUCUAAACUCUCUUUUAAAUAUUACCAGAGAUGAACAGGUUCUAGAAAUGAUGCUGUCAAACCAGUUCAGUAGAAACAUUUAUGUAGAAUCAUUGAACCUUAUAAAGCUGUGGAUCCCAGAAUUAAAUUUAAGUUCUGCUGAGAGUUGUAAAAGUUCACUGAAAAGUUAUUAUUCCCCUUACCAGAUGAUGUUUAGCGAGACACAUCUUAUGCUACUUAUAAGAGUAGAUGAACUUCUGUCUAACGUCAGUGCAUGGGCAUGCAAUUUGAUCUAUGGCAAUGAUUCCACAAUCAGUUGGAUGGAAGAGAUGAAGAUCGUUACAGCUCUGAUACAGAAUGUGCAGUCAGCAGAGCAGCUAAACUUCUCAAAUUAUUCAGAGGGGCCAUUACAGAUUUUAUCAUCUUUUAAAGAUAUUAUAGAUCUUCCUACCAUAGAGAGUUUUAUCAAAUAUUUAUCUGAGAGUUUUAAGGAACAAAAUACCAUGAGUAGUUCAAUAAUAUAUCAAUCUUUGCAUGACUUACUGAACUCUCUAAAGAAUUUGGUCAGCGAGGCACUAUCUACUGGAAUUGAUAAUCCAUUCUCAAUUGAGAAGAUCACAAGUGAUGCAGUACAAGCAGCUGAUUACUUUUUAAGAAGCCUUAAUGUCACAGGCUAUGAAGAUGUUUUUUCGUCUGCUUCUGAAGUGCUACAACUUUACUACAAUAGUAGAAAUGCCUCUCUGCCAGUGAACAACUUUAUUCAGAAAUUAUUAAGUCAAAUUAAAGCAUUAUCACCAACGGAGUUACAGAUUUUACAGAGCCAUAUCUCAGGGCAAAAUAUCAGCACUCAAGACAAACUGAGAGUCCUUGAGGAGGUGUUAAAUAUUUUCUUCAUUGUGAUGAAUGAAAGUGCACUUGAAAUGAUCCUACCACCACCAUAUAACAAUAAUAGCUCGCUAAUUUUAAACACCAUAAAUAAUAUUUUGGGGCAUCUAAAAGAAACCAUUAUUCAAGAAUACAAAAAUGGAAAAAGGAACAUUACAGAAUUUAUUGCAAAUCAGUUGGACAGUGCCUUACACAAUGCCCAUCUUUGGAAAAAUAUUUCACUGAACUGGUCAUUUCUUCACAAUGACGACAGUAAAACAAGCCCUGACUUUGAAUAUUUAAUUGACAAGUGGAUAUCAAUAAGUAAUAAAGAAUAUUUCUUGGACUUUAGCUCAGAAUUGAUUAAUACAUUUUAUUUAUUUUGGGUGUCGGGCAAUAAAACGCAAACAAUGCAAUCUAUACAAUAUAUCCUAAAUAGCAAUAACAAUAUCAUAAAUGCUUCUUUCUUAGUUGAUUCCCUGGAAAUAUUUUAUGAACUAUCCAACUUGACCAGUACAAGUAAUGUGGAUGGACUUACUGAACUAUAUGUGAAACAACUACUGAGCUACAUUUUAUCUGACAGCCAGCUACAGAAAUUACUAAUGGAAGUAAACAUCUUCUUCAACACCAGUCAAAAUAUUCAAUUCUUGCAAUCUACUACAUUAAAGGACACGGCUCUGCAAAUGUUAGACUUCUUUCACCCUUUAAAUAUAUAUAAUACCAACAUGGGUGGAAGCAACCUGACCUUAUUUCUGUUGGAGGGUUUAUCACAGUACAUGCCAGCGCAAGAUCAGGAGUACUUCAAAAAUAUAGCCAAGGCCGUAGUUUCAGUACUCCAGAUUCUACAGAAUUCCAACAAUCACAGUGAAACAUCUGCCACUGCAGUGUCUGGUUUUCAGCAGCUAUUUCUAGAUGUGCUUCAAACCCUUAACUCCAUGGAGAACAAUAGCCUUGAGAUGCCAUUUUCCAGUAGUUCACUUCUGCAAUGUGAAAUGCUGGAAAAGUCACAAAUCUCCCUCAUAAACAACAUAUAUAUGGUCAAAUGGUACACACAAGGCAAUUCUAAUAACUUUUCUGACAGCUUUAAAGAGGUAUACAAGGAAGUUGUCUCAGUGGGUAAACUCAUAGUGAACAUCACAGAAGCAUGUCUAAACUCCACAAUACCCCAGCCAACUUUAGCUCAAAUAAUGCUUGCAAAUUUAAGCCUACAAAUAUUUAAUGACUUCAAUGUGACAGAACUCUACCAGCAGCUGCAAUCCCUACUCCGGGUAUCCAGCUGUUUAAACCAGACUAGUGAUGAAGCUUUGCUGUGCACUUUCAAUUCCAUUCCCCACCUCCUGGGUCUACUGCAAACAUUACAUAUGCCAGAUCCAUUAGCAGAGAGAAUUAAUAUUUUGUCUUCAAUAACAAAUUAUUGGAUGAGAGAAAUAAGCACAACUGCAAAUAUCUCCCAGCAGAUAACCCACUUGUAUGAGCUAACUGAAGCUGCUUUGCUUAAAGAAGUCACAGUUCAUACAACACUCACAGUUUUAAGAGACAUUGUACAAAAUCUUCAAGAUAUAGGAGUACAAAAUGGCAACUCUUCUGAUCUACAACAAAGUAUUUUGUUACUUACUGAGUUGCUGCAACCAAAUAACAUUUUCAAUCCAACUAAUAUGACCUCCUUUACAGCACAGCUGGAGUAUCUAGAAGUUCAGCUACAGAUUGUGCAGUGGUAUGUUCAGUAUAUAAAUAAUAAUACAAAUGAAAAUGAUAUUUCUAGUAGCAUAUAUCCCAUGUAUAGACUGACACAAAUAAUACUAAGUAAUGGAAUCCUGAGCAUGCAAGACUGGGUGACAUUAUUCAACCACUCUAACAAUAUAUUAGGGACCUAUCUCUCAGCUGAAGAAGUAGACACUUUGUUUCAAUUGUUCAUUCACCUAUUUACAUCUAACCAAACAUAUUCAUGGAACCAAUCAGAGUUCUGGCUACAGAUUUCUGAUAUCAUCCAAAAACUAAAUUUACAGCAAAACUUCAUCAUGUCAAUGUCAUCUAAAAUCAUGGGAUUGUCACAAAUGAUAGACAAACUUUUCGCUGGGAAUUUGAGCAUAGAACUAGUGGAGGAAUUAGAGAAGAUUGUGCAAAUUAUCCUUACUGAAAGAAACAUCACAAUAGGAUUAGAUAUAAAGCAACUUUUUGACUCAUUAAUUAGCAUUGUUAAUCAAACAUAUUCAAUAGGACAAAUGGAUUUUACUGGAUUUAGUAAUUUAAAUUCUUUCUCAGUGAUGGACUGCCAAUAUGUUUUUAGCAUGAUUAAUAGCAUCUAUAAUGGAAUUCAAAAAGAUAUCAAUCCCCAAUAUUUAUCACCAUAUGAUGCCCUGUUCUCAGAUAUCAGUACGGAAAUAUGUUACAUACUGACAAACCAAAACAACUGGACAAACCUUUUUGAGACUGUCAACAGACUUGUCAACUUGACAUUGCCUUUAAUACCAGACAAUAUGAAAAUAUACUUCAUUAUAGCACAAAAUAUUGUCUCAGUGGCACUAGAAAUGGUUUCAGAACCUUCCUCAGUUUAUAAUACUUUAUGGACCGUCCUGGAAUUUGUACCAACACUAACACAGCUGUUUGAUAAGGGAACAAACACAACAGACUGGUUAGACAUUGCAAUGGUUCAGAAUCUAUUUUCUUUGCUGGUGGAUAUGUUCUCAUCUCAUGUUUUACCCAAAGAAACUAUUCUCUUCAAGACAGAAAAUAUAAUCCUGGAAACAAUGCAAGUGGUGCAAAAGGUGUUGGAUUCUAACAAUGAGUUUAGAUACACACCUGUCUUGUCUUUCUCAUCAGAUUUGGUUAAAGUUUUCUUCCGUGAGUUCCAAAAUACAUCUGAUAAAGACAGCUUUGCUACAUUAUUCCUGAAACAAGUCUGGUAUUCCUUCACACAAAAUAACUCAAAAAUAAAUCAGCUGAUUGUGGAACUUUAUCCUGCCAACCCCAAUUAUACCAAUCAAUGGAAGACUAUUUUGCAACUUGUAUCUAAUAUUACAGACAUACUUAUUUCUGAAAUAUCUCCAAGCACCAGUUAUUCAUACAUUAGUUCCAAAACAAUCAUACAAGUAUUACAGAUGGUUUUUGGUAAUCUGAAAGAUACUUUCUUACCAGAAACAAAUGAUGUAACACAAAUCCUAGAAGAAUUCAUACACUCCAUUAUGAAUGUGACUGAGAUGUUCAUGACUACAUCUGGCAAUACCACAAUCAACCAACUUCAGAUGUUAAUUAGCAGCCUUACUUCUAAUAAUUUGGGCACAUCCUUCCCAAAUGACACUGCCAAACUGGCCAUCAAGCUUCUUGCUAUCAUUAACCAAACAAGCCUUAAUACUGAGACAUCACAUAUUUUACUAUAUGGUAAUCUGAUCAUUAAUUCUUUGGACAUUUUUAAUGAGCUGAUUCGACUUGAUAUCAACAGUACAAUUCAAGAUUUCUUUGCAAUAUUAACAAAGCAUUUGCCAAAUGUAUCCAAUCUGUUGGAUUUGGGAAACCAAACACAAAGCUAUCUAGAUACCAUCAAAAAUGUGUGGCUUUAUCUUACCAGUCUAGAAGAACAACAGUCCAUUGAGAUGAAUAAAAUGUCUGUGCAAGUGUUAACCCUUUUCCUCUCUCCUGAGCUACAAACUGUAAGCACUGAUAUCCACAAGCAAACAUCAGCUUUCUUCAGUUUCAUCUCUGGCUACAUACCAGCUGGCGAGCUAGAGGGAUUUCACAGAAUAGCCAAUGCCAGUCUGAAUAUUAUUCAAUCCAUGCAGACAUGCAGUGUCCAACCUGCAAACUGCUCACAAUUUAUUGAAGGGUUCCAAAGCUUUGUACUUUAUUUUUCACAGUUUCAAGCAAUGAUACAGAACAAAAGCUUGGAAGAACAAUCUAUAGACAGAUUAAUUUUACAACUUCAGUCACUUGACUACAGUCAAAAGACCCUAAUUAAUGAUAUAUUUGUAAUUAUUUGGUAUGCACAGGGGCAUCAAUAUAAUGCCUCAGAAAAAUUGAUAGAAGUCUAUGAUGAAGUGAUUUCAAUGAUAAGCUUGAUUUGGAACAGCACAGAGAAAGAUAAUGUAACUCCAACAAAAGUUAUAGAGGUGCUGACAUCUGCCAACAUAACAGAAUUCCUAUUAAAAGUACAAAAUAUACUGCUCACAUCUACGUGUGCUAACCAAACAGGCAAAGACCCAUCACUCUGCAGUUUAAACCUUGUUUUACAGCUCACAGAUCUUCUAAAAGUUUUACCUCUGGAUCAAUCAUUUCAUGACAGAUUAUCAGCCAUUUCAACAACAGCUGAAAAAUGGUUAAGUAAACUGAAUAUUAAAAUUCCCAUUUAUCAGCAGCUCACAGAUCUAUAUAAUAUUACACCUCUUGCAGGUCAGUAUGAACCCAUCUUACAGGCAAUAAAUAAUUCUGUUGCAGAUAUUAUACAAUUAUUGAACGAGACUGGGUUAGCAUUUAAUUUUACUUUAAAUGGGCAAGAUGAAUUAAUCAACUUUCUGUCUGAGAUUCUCCACGUUUCUAGCCUUAAUACUUCCAUCAUCUCCGAUCUUUCCAUGCUGCUACAAUAUAACAUGAGUGAUUAUCUGGAGAACAUAAAAAUACAACUGGGUGUUGUGAACUGGCUUAUGCUUCAGAUGAAACACUUAAAGGGUGCAUUGGACACUUUCCCAAGUACUCACACAAUGCAAGGUGUUGCCCAGUGGAUGCUAGAUAGUAACCCAUACAUUGAUGCAGUCAUACGAGAGACAGAACUUAUGAUGAAUUUAUUUAUUCAACCUUUCAACCUGACAAAUCUUUUGCAAAUAUUUAAUAUGCUAUUACAAAAUGAGCAACUCCGGCUCAUUCUUAAUCCACUUCAGGUUCAGCUUCAGACACUGUCAAACAUUUCAUUCUUUGAAAAUUUAAUUUCUAAUGAAUACUUUCAGAAAGAUGCAGAAAUAGCUCUAUAUCUUUUGAACAAUGUUGAAAACAUUUCAGUGGCUUUAACAUCUAUAAAUAAAGCACUUCUGAUUCUCCAAGAAAUAAAUAGCCUUGGUUUCGAUUUCCCAAACAUAUUUGACAAGUUGAACAGCAUUAAAGCAGGAAAUAUAUUUGCGAUAAUAAAAGAAGCAAUGAAAAUUCUUUAUAAUAUUAAAGAAAAUGGAGCAAUAAGUAAAGAUAUGAUAUUUAGAAUAUAUAACUUCACAUAUCUAUUGGUCCAGGAUGAAUUAGACUGGGUCCCUUUCCAGAACCAAUCAGCAAUGGAGGCUGAGUUCCUGGAUGUCUGGUAUUUAGCUAUGCAUCCUUUCCUUGGAGGAAAUAAAUCACAGGAAUACACUGAAAACUGCACUGCUGAGGAUGUUCUCCAUAUACUUAUUCAAACAGUACUCCAAAAUACUACAGGAAAUGAGACAACUGUGGAAACAAACUGCCAAUGGCAUUUUGGCUUGAACAAUUCUGAUAAUAGCAUAAUAAAUAGUCUCCCAUUGCAGGAUAUUAUUUAUGCACAACUGCAGAGUUCUUCAAUGUUCCAUGAUCUCUGCAGUGAUGAAAAUUUGAACCCACUUGCAGAAGAGAUGGCCUGCAUCAUGCAUUUGCUGGAGCUCUCAUCCAGGGUGCUGGCACAAGUAAAUAAUCUUUCUGGGCUGCACAUACCAUGGAUUCAAACAAUGCAUGAUAGUCUAAGUAUUGUCUGUGAUGAUGACAAUUCCACAUUUGAAUAUCAAACACACUUAGUAGAUUUUCUAGAUUACAUCCUGGUGAACCAAUCAAGCCAAAUACAAUACCUUAUUUACUUGCUUCAGAACUUCAAUGACUCUAGCAUUCAGGUUUUGGAUUUACUACACAGAUGGCCAGAAAUAGCUGAGGGUAUUAUGACUUUGAUUAGUAGCCAAGUUCAGUAUAAUAACAACACUUAUGAAAUUGUUAAACUCACCUUGAAUGUAACCACUGAUCCUCAGUGGUUUGAAUCUUUGGAAUUUGUGCAAAGCAUCUUUUCUACAAACUGGACAGCAGUUGAGUUUGAUGGAGCUGUUUCAGUACUGGAAUCCCUAAGACGGGCACUCAUUCUUAUUGAUGGGGGUUUAAAUAAAGAAGAAAUUCAGAUCUAUCAGGCAAUUGUUACUUUGGUUCAAAACCCAAACAUGAGAUAUUUGUAUGAUCUGGCAACCUCAUCACUGAUGAAUCAGACAGAAUGUACAGGCGCUUUCAGUGCAUUAACCAUUUUUUCCAGCUCUGUCUGGGUAGCAGUAAAUCCAGCAUAUGAGCCUUUGGAAGAAGAGUUCCUCUAUAAUUUGAGUGCCUUGACCUGUAAUCUCCUGCAGUUGCAACCAGUAUAUUAUAAUUGGACAACAGGUAUGAAUAUGUUUAAAAAUAUUCUUUCCUUUAUGGCAAAGUUUAUCCCAAAUAGCCUGUCAAACUACUUAAUGGCUGCAGAAAAAGUAAUUUCAUUUUUGUCCAACAUGGAUACCUCACCUGAAAAAAUACUUGAUGGUGUUAUAGAGCUGCUUGUACAAGAAACAGAAAUCUUUAUUAAUUCCAAUAAUACAGUACUCUUGCAGGAAAGUUAUUUUCUACAUGGCAUCUCCUCACUUGUUAAAACCCUUAUGAAUAAUAGUUUUUCAUCUGGUGGCACAAGUGAACAGAUUUAUUUUCCAGAAGAAGCACUGAAUUUAUUUGUAGGAGCUCUCAAUGCUACUUCAUUCGCACCAGCAAUAUCUUCCUUGUCUGACUUGAUCAUAUAUACACUGAACAAUACCAACAAUUCAGCAGCGCUCUCUAGCAUAACCUUACGACUGCUACAGCUUCAAGACAACAUCAUUAAGAACGUACAGACUAUGUCAUUGGUGGAUCCCUAUAAUUCUGCCCUGAGCUGUUUAAAGAAUAGAACUGAAGCACUCUCCAAUCAUUCUUUGGGGCAACUAGAUGAAGCAAUCAGACUCAUCCAGGCCUUGUUUAUUCAAAGCAAUGUAUCAGUUAAUGCAUCUCUGAUGUCUGAUCUAUAUUGGCAAAAGGUAUCUCAGUUGCAAAACUUGACAACACUUCUUUGUGGAGACGGAGAUUCUAACCUGACCCAGUCAUCCUGCUAUUUCUCAUGCCAAUUUCAAACCAUUCUGCAAGAUGUGGCAGGCUAUGUGGCUGCAGAGAUCUCACAAACCAGCACAGUGGCAACUUUCAGCUUAUUCAAUAACAUACUGCUUUUCAGUGACAGCACAUGGCAAAGCUUGGAGAAUGAUCUCCUUAAAGAGAUACACACCUUGUUCAAUAAUACUGAUAUACAGAAAGUUACUGAGACUGUGAAAGAGAUGGUCGGCAUGACAGAGUUUAAUUUCAAAGCAAAUGUAGAAAGUCUGUUCAGAAACAGUAGCCAAGUAAAGGCACAGCUUAAUCAAGUGGUAGAAAUCUCCAAUACAAGUAUUGAAGCUCUCAUGCAGUUACCAAUUCCAGAAAACUUCCGUAAGAUAUUUGAUUGGUUUGACCAGUUUUAUGCGUGCAGUACCAACAACAAUUUACAAGCGUUCUGCAGUCUUUCCCCUGAGAAGAGUUACCAGAUGACCAUCAUAUUUGUGCAAAAUGUGGACAUCUUUAAACUGUUCUACAGUUUUUUUGUUCCAUUGUCAUUACAAGAGGAAAUCAGCAGUCUGCAGACAAUGUUUGACAUGUUAAUAAAGAAGUUAGCUGACAUUCCAGUACCAGCAGAUGAGAACAUUAACAAAAUGAUUGAUGUUAUGCAGUACUUUGAAAUAAGUAAAAAUGCAAAUCCUCAGUCAAGGAGCACUACAACCACUUCUGCAUCCUUUAUGGAUAUCUCAAAAUAUAUCUGUAAUAAGAAUUACAUACAACUUACUAACGUGCUGUCCUCGUAUUCUUCCAAUGUUCAAAGAGAUUCCUCCACUCAUAGCAGUCAGAGAAACCAAAACCUUCAAGAGCUGUACGGCAUCCCAAAUGACAAUCCUUUUUGUGCAUAUUUAUUUUUAAAUUUGGUGAACACAACCAAAGGUUCCGUGUACUGGCUGCUCCUGAAACCAUUGAUUUAUGGGAAGAUUCUUUAUACUCCAGACACUCCGGAAACAAAGCUGAUAAUGGAGAAGGCUAAUGAAACCUUGGAGACGUUACUGGAUUUUAAAACUACAAUCAGCCAGUCGUUGCCUUACUUGGAAGUGCUAAUUAACAACUGGAACAUAAUAGAGAAAUUACCACAACUUAUUGAUCCUAUGAAGAAUUUAGUCCUCAAUCCUUUUAUGAGUGGAUUCUUACAGUUAUUUAUGAAACUGGAUACAAUGGAACUGGUUGAUCUGUUAGAUAAAGCUGCGAACAUGACACAAUUGGGAGUAAAGGAUAUCAAUUCCAUUGCAUCCUUCCAGUCUGUGGCUGAAGUGCUGGCAAACCUGACAUCAUGUGUGGUAUACAACCGUAUGCAGGGUGUGGAAAGCGUAGAGGAAAUGAACAAACAAGCUGAGGAGUUGCUGAAGACAAAUGAAUUGAUGGCAGCUAUUACCUUCAAUCUUACUUCGGAUACUAAUAGGCAGAAACGGGCAGUGCCUGAGGAACUCAGCUUGCCCAAGUUAAUAAAAUACACAAUCAGAAUGCGUGCCCAGCUCUCAGUAGACACAGAUAACUUAAGAGAUACUUACUGGAUCCCUGGACCACACAGCACAAUGAACCCAUAUAGUCGAGGAUUUGUCUAUCUGCAAGAUAGUAUUGAGAGAGCCAUCAUUAAACUGCAGACCAAUAAGAGCUUAGAUACCUUUGCAGCUCAGUUCCAGCCUAUGCCAUUCCCAUGCUACAAAAAGGAUGAUUACCUGGUGAGCAUGUCCUUCUCUCUCCCCAUCGCUAUGAUGAUUACUUGGGUACUUUUUGUGGCAGCCUUUGUGAAGAAGCUUGUACAUGAGAAAGACUUGAGACUACAUGAGUAUAUGAAAAUGAUGGGAGUCAAUUCAUGUAGUCACUUUUUUGCUUGGUUCAUCGAGAGUUUCAGCAUGCUUUUAAUUACCAUUAGCAUUCUGGUAAUGAUUCUGAAAUUUGGCUAUAUUCUGCCCUACAGCAAUGGCUUCAUCCUAUUUGUCUUCUUCCUGGAUUACAGUCUUACGGUUAUAGCCCUUAGCUAUCUAAUCAGCGUUUUUUUCCAUAACACCAAUGUCGCUGCUCUCAGUGGAAGCCUGAUCUACAUCAUCCUUUUCUUCCCCUUCUUAGUAAUGCAAUCCAAAGAGCAAUCAUUGUCUUUCAGUGCAAAGAGUUUGCUGAGUCUCUUCUCUCCAACAGCUCUGAGCUAUGGAAUGCAAUAUAUAAUUCGCUAUGAAUCACAAGAAAUUGGUAUGCAGUGGGAUAAUAUGUAUACAUCCCCUGUACUUAAUGACACCUUCACUUUUGGCUGGAUAUGCUGGCUCAUGUUGAUAGAUUCUCUACUUUAUUUUACUGUUGCCUGUUAUAUUCGUAUCGUUUUCCCUGGCAAAUAUGGCAUUGGAGCUCCUUGGUACUUUCUUUUCCAGCCUUCUUUCUGGUUGGAGUGUUGUGGUUUUGCAGCUCUUCGCCCCAGAAAACCAAGUGGGCUGAUGUUCAGCAAUAUAAUGUCUCAUGGAACAUCACAGAAAAAAGGAGCAGACAGUAAUUUCGAACAAUAUAAUGAGCAGGAGCCUAGUGAGCUACCAAUAGGAGUUUCUCUUCAUGGUUUAACAAAGACCUACAAGUCAAAGGCAGCUGUCAAAAACCUGAACUUGAACUUCUAUGAGGGCCACAUAACAUCACUUCUUGGACACAAUGGAGCUGGGAAAACCACUACUUUGUCGAUGCUGACAGGGUUGUUCCGGCCAUCCUCAGGCACCAUCUAUGUAUACGGAGAGGAUGUCAGCAUCAGCCUAAACCAGAUCAGGAAGAGUAUGGGGGUCUGCAUGCAAUAUGAUGUCUUGUUUGAUCAUCUCACCACCAAGGAGCACCUCCUCUUAUACGGCAUGAUCAAGGCACCACAGUGGACAAGGGGACAUCUUCAUGAAGAAGUAAAAAGGACUUUAAAGGACACUGGACUGUAUAACCACCGCCACAAGCCAGUAAAAGCACUAUCAGGUGGAAUGAGAAGGAAGCUAUCCAUUUGCAUAGCUAUGAUUGGUGGCUCCAGGGUCAUUAUUUUAGAUGAACCAACUACAGGAGUAGAUCCUUGCUCAAGACGCAGCAUCUGGGAAGUCAUAUCCAAAAACAAAAAAGAUAAAACAAUAAUUCUAUCGACCCAUCACCUGGACGAGGCUGAAAUUCUGAGUGACCGUAUUGCUUUCUUGGAAUAUGGUGGUUUAAAGUGCUGUGGGACACCAAUGUACCUCAAAGAAAAAUUUGGUACCGGAUAUCACCUUACGCUCACCAAAAAGUUCCCUAAUCGAGAAGACAAUGAACAUUGCAGCUCAGAGAUGGUGACAGAUCUUAUCCAUUCCCAUAUCCCAGAAGCUUGCUUGAAGGAGGAUGUUGGCGGGGAACUCAUAUACAACUUGCCUCCAUUCAGUGCUGAUUUAUCAAGUGCUUACCUCGCACUGCUCCGUGACUUGGAUUCUAAAAUGGAUGAACUCCACAUUGGAUGUUAUGGCAUCUCAGACACAACUAUAGAAGAGGUGUUCCUCAAACUAACGGAUGGGCUUGAUGAAGAUGAUGAUGAUCAAACGUUAUCCAGGACACAGAGGACAAUACCAGUUACAGAAACGGAUAAUGAGAUGGUAAAUGAUGAGACAUCUUCCAGCAGCUACAGCUUCACAGAAAGAGAUGAUCAGGCACUAACGGGAACAGAAAAAGUCACAGGAGUGCAGCUGAUGUUCAAGAAAAUAGGGGCUAUGUUUAUAAAAAGGUUCCACAACUCCAGAAGAAACUGGAAGGGUCUUGUAUCACAAAUUGUGCUGCCUGUUCUGUUUGUCAUUGCUGCUAUGGGGUUGGGGAGACUCUCUAUAGGCACUGUGGAAUACCCAGAGAUCCUACUGUCACCCAAUUUGUAUGGCACAUCAUCCCAACCAGUAGUGUUCGAGAAUUUGAAUGCAAAAACGGUUGAUCUAAUGUCUGCAAUGGAUUCAUUUCCUGGCAUAGACAAUUCAUGUUUAAACCAAAACUCACAAUGCUUUCAUCAAGAUACAUUAGGCCUCUGGAACUCCACUGGGAGCCAAAAUCUCCUAUAUGGUAGCUGUAAUUGUAAUACAGGCACCACGGUCUGUACUGCGACCAAUGCUACACCACCACAUCGCAGAACCUACUCUGGGCAGAUGCUCUACAAUCUCACCAAAAGCAAUAUGGAGCAAUAUUUGUUAAGCACAGCACUGGAAACCAAACAACAGCGGUAUGGAGGCUGGAGCUUUGGGAUAGCUAAGCCAUCAGAUCUUACACAAAAUGUUGUACCAGAAACACUAAGCAAGAUAUGGUAUAACCCAGAAGGUCCUCACAGUCUCCCAGCCUUCCUCAACAGUUUCAACAACUUCCUGCUGAGAUCUAAUGUACCAAGCAGUGAGAAGGAACAAUAUGGUAUUUCUGUCUCCACUCAACCAUACUCGGGAACUUUGAGCUCAACCUCAUCUAUGAGCAGCAGCUUGGUGAAUACGUUGGUGGCUCUCUGCAUUUUGGUUGGUUACUCUAUCACCACUGCAAGUUUUGGCACUUAUGUUGUAAAAGAAAGCCACACAGGAGCAAAACGAUUGCAACACAUCUCUGGCAUAGGAGAGAUCUGCUACUGGUGUACAAAUUUCCUCUACGACAUGACCAUGUACCUGAUUCCCGUGGCACUUUCCAUAGCAAUGAUAGCAGUUUUUAAAUUGCCAGCUUUCUACAACUAUCCAAAUCUGGGAGCUGUGUCUCUGUUCCUUAUUCUUUUUGGGUAUGCAACCUUUCCAUGGAUGUACCUGUUAGCAGGAACCUUCAAGAACCAUGGCAUGGCAUUCAUCAUUUUCGUCAGUAUCAAUUUGUUCCUUGGUAUCAAUACUAUCAUUUCCAGCUCUGUAGUGUAUACCCUCAAAAUACAAACGGAUACCAGUAAUAAAGAUUAUCAGGUAGUAUCUGAUACCUAUGACAUCCUCACAGGCAUCUUUAAGAUCUUCCCACAGUUCUGCUUUGGGUAUGGCCUUACCAAACUUUCUCAACAGCAGGCACUAGUGGAGCAAUACAGCCUGUUUGGGAAAGAAGAGAAAACUGAUAUUUUCAGCAUGGACAUUCUAGGUUGGAUGUAUGUUGCUUUAGCCAUUCAAGGAACAGUCUGCUUCAUUCUGCGGCUCUUGAUUAAUGAUGGAAUCAUCUAUAGUGUUAAGUGUUUCUUCAAAAGAACAUGUCUAAAAGAUUCCCAGGGUAUGCCAAGGAACCCAGAAGAAGAUGAGGAUGUGCAAGCGGAAAGGGAACGAGUGGAAUCAGGCAAAGCAGAGUCAGAUCUUCUAAAACUUCAAAAUCUCACCAAGGUUUUCCACCAGGUCAAUAAAAAUAUGACUGCAGUCAACAAUAUGAGUCUUGGCAUACCAGCUGGAGAGUGCUUUGGGCUCCUUGGUGUGAAUGGAGCUGGUAAAACCACCACAUUCAAGAUGCUGACCGGAGAUAUUUCACCAUCAAAAGGACAAAUACAAGUCAGAAACCCAACUGGGCAGUUGGUGAAUAUGUUGGGAUUCAACACAGACUGGUCAACUUUUGGGUACUGCCCUCAAGAAGAUGCAUUGGAUGAAUUAUUGACAGGAGAAGAGCACUUGUAUUUCUAUGCAAGGAUACGAGGAAUUCCUGAGAAGGUGAUCAAAACAGUUUCCUUUAAUCUACUUAGCAAGCUACAGCUCUUAAAAUACAAAGAUAGAAUCACGUCCAAUUACAGCUGUGGCACUAGGAGAAAGCUCUCAACAGCUCUGGCUCUUGUUGGGAGACCUUCAAUUCUACUCCUGGAUGAGCCGAGCUCUGGGAUGGACCCAAAAACAAAGAGACAUUUGUGGAAGAUUAUUUCUGAUGAGGUCCGGGAUAAAUGUGCUGUGGUCUUAACUUCUCACAGUAUGGAGGAGUGUGAAGCACUCUGUACCAGAUUGGCCAUCAUGGUGAAAGGAAAGUUUCAGUGCAUUGGGCCAUUACAGCACAUAAAAAGCAGGUUUGGAAGUGGAUUCACAGUGAAAAUAUAUCUUAAAGACACAUCUGUAAGCGUUGAUAGACUUACUGAUUUCAUGGACUUCCAUUUCCCAAACACAAAUCUGAAGGAUCAACAUCUCUCCAUGGUAGAGUAUCAUGUGCCAGUGACUGCAGGAGGAGUUGCCAAUAUAUUCGAUCUUCUUGAAACCAACAAGACAAUCCUUAAUAUUAUUAACUUUUCAGUCAGUCAAACAACACUGGAUGAGGUUUUCAUCAAUUUUGCACAGCCCCAGGCAAGUCUGGAUAACUCUACUGCAAACAGCCAAGAGUUUGACCAGGUUGUUGUUACAUAAUAAAGUUCAGACAAGAACAGAAUAUUAUUGAAGAAUGUCAAUGAACGUGUCCAACUGACAAUGCACUUUAUAAAUAAAGAAUCACCUUGAAAGACUAAUUCAAUGUGGUUGUUAAAUGCAUUGAUCUUUCAAGUCAUCCACUUUAAAAAUAAAUGGUAGAUUUAAUUAGACUUUCUGUAAGACUGUCAUUUAGUACAUGAAACAUGAAGUAUUGUCAAAAACAUAUUUUCAUGGCUAAGUAGUAAAACAUGUGGGUGCCAAAUCUAAAGAACUUUGAAUGGUGUGCCAUUAUCUGUUACUUAAUAAUAAAAAAAUCCCACAAUACACAAUUGUUAAAUAUUUCUGCAUAAUACCAAAGUAAUAAUCAUUAUUGUUAUAAUCAGCUAAAAUAUAUUAAAUUAUUCAUUUUAAAUGUGCAAAUUUCGAACAUUUACAAACAAAAAUGCACUUAAACAAUUAUUUUUGUAAUCUCUUUAGAAAGAUUGUUUUGUUUUAGUAUUGUUGAGAUUUCUUUAAAAUAUGACAUUUUCAUAUUUUUUCUUUUAUUGUAAUUUAAAGGAGAUUUUAGAAUGUUUACACUAUUUUUCCAGAUGUAUUUAAUAAAAAAUGUUUAUUUCAGAAGAUUUUCUUUUUAGUCACUGUUUGUAACCUACCUCUUAAAUGUACAUUUUUCAUGCUGUAUUUAUUUACUAUUCAGAGUUCUCAGAAGAUUUAUAACUGUACUACUUCUACACUGUAAAUGCAUUCCAUAGUAUUAGGAAUAAAUACAGUACAUAUUGCCUAGGUGAAAUAGAUUGUUUUUGUUAUUUUCCAUUGAGGUAGACAUGAAAGUUGUUUGCAUAAAACUCUCAUGUUUAGAUGUUGCCAACUAACUGCCUUUGCUUACUUCAAUUAGUCAAAUGGAAAAUGUUAGGAAUGUAAAAUCUCAUACCAUGAUUAUUUAAUGAGAAAGGGCUAGAUUACAAGUGUUUCACGAUCGUUUGCAAUAUUGAAAUCACUCACUAGACAGCCUGUUUCGUUCUUUUUAGAACUCGUCAGUAGGAGAUAGAUUGCUGGUUGCUGCUUUGGUAAAAAAAACAACUGAGAAUUUGCAUAUUUAAUUUGCAUAUCUUACCCAGAAUUCUCUUGUGCACUGGUAACAUUGUAUAUGGAGUAUUUCUGGGGAAAAGCAAGCGGGGAAUAUUCCCUAGAUGUGCUAAUUUCCUAUGCAAAUAUUUGUAUUGAUUUAAUUUUGAGACAUGGAGGAUUUUAAUCUCAGUUCUUUAUCUCCACCAUAAUUUUAAUGAAUUUUCAUUUAACCCUGAAAGUAGCUUUACCAAAGCAGCAACCAGAAAUCUAUCUCCUACUGACGAGUUCUAAAAAAGAACAAAACAGGCUGUCUAGUGAGUGAUUUCUGUAUUGUUGCAAUAAUCCUGUUAAAAGGAUUGCUGUGUUAAAACAGUAUUUGAAGCAAAAAAACUGAGAAUUUGCAUAUUUAAUUUGCAUAUCUUACCCAGAUUUCUCUUGUGCACUGGUAACAUUGUAUAUGGAGUAUUUCUGGGGAAAAGCAAGCGGAGGAUCUUGCCUAGAUGUGCUAAUUUCCUAAAAUUGUAUUGAUUUAAUUUUGAGACAUGGAGGAUUUUAAUCUCAGUUCUUUAUCUCCACCAUAAUUUCAAUGAAUAUAUAUAUAUAUAUAUAUAUAUAAUAUAUAUAUAUAUAAAUGUAUACACGUGUAUAUAUGUAUUUACAGACAUAUAUACACAUAUAAACUAAACUAGUGAUGCAAUGAAAUGGAAAUUCUGGACCAAAACCGAUCCCGAAAAUUCAGGAUGCACUUGGCCGAAAACUGAAAACGAAAAUGUAUUUCUUUUUUCAAAUUAUUUAAAAUUGCAGUAAUUUAAACAGCAUGCCACUUGUAAUAUGGAUUUGAGCAUAAAGAACACUGCAAUAAUAAUAGUGCUCCACUUGUAAUUUGGCCCUUAUAUUCUUAAAAAUAAUAUUUAUAGUUAGCUAUGUUCCACUGGUGUAGCAAUCUCUUGCUUAUGAUAUUAUUUUUCUUUAAAUAUUGAUGAGUUAUAUGCUGGUGGUCUUCUCAUUUCAAUAUGUUAGUAUAAAAUUGGGAUUAUUCAAUAUAAACAUUGUAACAAGAUAUUACAAGCCCUUCGCAAAAGGGGUAUUUGACUUUUUAUUUAAUAAAAAAUGUUACUAUUAGUAAAUUAAAA